AUUUACUAGUCUUUUUAUCCUGUAAAUUUUGUUGACUCAGGUCUUGUGUUUCAAUCAGUGACACUUUCAAAUGGAUUAAAUAAUGAAAAUUUUCACCAAUCAUUGAUACAAAAUUUCAACUCUUCAUUUCAUAAUCUUGGUUUUUAUGAUCAACUAAUCUAUUGAGAUGGCUACGAACCUAAUCAAGGGCUUCAACCUAAUUAAUUCGUCUAUUAAAUUUUCUUCCAGAUAUCCUUUAAGAGCAUUUUCAACUGUAAUCAACGAAAACAUCGAAGAUUUCGUCGUGACUAAUGAACCAAUAUUGAGCUAUUUGUCAUCCAGUAAAGAGAGGCAACUCUUGAGUGAUUCAUUAACCAAGUUGUCCAAAGAUUGUCACAAUGUACCGAUUGUCAUCGAUGGGAAAGAAUACUUUAGUGAUCAUGUUAGAUCACAAGUUAUGCCUUUUAAUCAUAGCAAGACGAUUGCUAAAUAUUAUUGGGCUACAUCGGAACUAUUGACUAAAGCCAUCGAGACGUCGCUUGAAAAAAGAGAAGCAUGGGAAAGAGUGCCCAUGAAAGAGAAAAUAGAAAUUUUCAAGAAAGCAUCCGAUUUAGUUGCAACAAAGUAUCGUUAUGAUUUGCUAGCUGCAACCAUGCUUGGUCAGGGUAAAACUGUUUUCCAAGCAGAGAUUGAUGCUGGAGCGGAAUUUGCCGAUUUUUUACGUUUUAAUGCUUUUUUUGCUAAAGAAAUGACCAAAUAUCAACCAAUUAGUGAAAAUGUAUCAGUUGUCAAGAAUAGCUUUCGUUAUAGAGGGCUUGAAGGAUUCAUUGCUGCCAUUUCACCUUUUAAUUUUACUGCCAUCGGUGGAAAUCUAGCAUCUGCACCAACAUUGAUGGGUAAUGUUGUUCUCUGGAAACCUUCGGACACUGCAAUCUUAUCCAAUUACCUUGCAUUCAAGGUACUUGAAGAAGCGGGUGUUCCACCGGGAGUGAUAAAUUUUGUUCCUUGUGAUGGACCUGUUUUUGGAAAUACAAUAACUCAAAGCCGUUGGUUAGCUGGUAUUAACUUUACUGGAAGUAUAGGAACAUUUAAACACUUAUGGAAACAAGUUGCUCAAAAUUUGGAUCUAUAUUUAAAUUAUCCUCGUUUGGUUGGUGAAUGUGGUGGAAAAAACUAUCAUUUUGUCCAUUCUUCUGCAGACAUCGAUAAUGUUGUUGUCAAUACAAUUCGAUCCGCUUUUGAAUAUAGCGGACAAAAAUGUUCAGCAUGUUCAAGAUUAUACGUACCUAAAAGUAUUUGGCCCGAGAUCAAGAAAAAAAUGCUGGAUAUCUGUGGUAAAAUGAAACUUGGCAGUCCACUUGAGUUUGACACUUUCCUUUCUGCUGUUAUUGAUGAAAAAGCGUUCAACCGUAUUAAGGGUUAUAUCGAUCACGCGAAGAAAAGUUCGUCUUGUCAAAUAAUUGCUGGAGGAGAGACUGAUGAUUCAACUGGAUAUUUCGUCAAACCAACUAUCAUCGAGUGCAAUGAUUUAAAUGAUAAGUUAUUUAAUGAAGAAAUUUUUGGUCCAGUUUUGACUGUUUAUCAGUAUGAUGAUGCAUCGGUUGAUCAAGCAUUACGGCUAGUUCAUAGGAAUACUCACUAUUCUCUUACUGGAGCGAUUUUUGGCCAAGAUCCAAAAUUCUUGCAAAUGGCUGCUGAAGAAUUGAAAAUGUCAGCAGGUAAUUUCUAUAUAAAUGAUAAAUCAACCGGAGCUGUCGUCGGACAACAACCAUUUGGUGGUGGUAGACUUUCAGGUACUAAUGAUAAAGCUGGAGGUCCCCAUUAUCUUAUCCGUUGGACUUCACCUCAAACAAUCAAGGAAUCUUUCGUUAAUCAAAAAGAUUGGAAAUAUCCGUACAUGACUUAAAGCAAUUUAUAUUUUAAUUUUAUGGUUAUAUGCCAGAUUAUUUUGAUAUUUAUAUUCACCGACCUUGGAGCCUAAAUUUGUUAUUAUCUUUUAAUUGUUUACGAAUCACAAUUCUUAUACUCUUAUAACUGUUGACAAAUAAUAUAAGUUUUGCUGUUGACUCUAAAA